AUGACGUCAGCUCAAGCAGCAGAGACGGGGGGGCCCCCUGGGGGCCCCCCCGGGGGCCCCCCCGAGGCAGCUGCGCCUGCUGCAGCAGCUCCCGCUGCAGCAGCUCCUGCUGCAGCAGCUCCUGCUGCUGCAGCUCCUGCUGCUGCUGCUGCCGCUGCAGCAGCAGCUCCUGCUGCUGCUGCAGCAGCUCCUGCUGCUGCUGCUGCUGUUCCUCCUCCGCCUGUUGCUACACCAGCUCCUGCUGCUGAGAGGCCCUCUCAGGGGCCCCCACCCGCUGCAGGGGGCCCCCCAGCAGCAGCAGCUGCUGCUUAUAAGCAGCAACCGGCAGCGCCAGCAGCAGCAGCAGCAGGAGGUGCUGGGGGCCCCCCUUGGGUAUCUGGGGCCCCCCUGCAUGCAGAGGGGGGGCCCCUGCCGGGUAUGCAGCUGUACCCUCCUGCUGCUGCUGCUGCUGCGGCGCAGCAGCAGCAGCAGCAGCAGUUGCAGCAGCAACAACAACUGCUGCAGCAGGAACAAAUACAGAAUCAGCAGAAGCAACUGCAGCUGCAGCUGCAACAGCAGCAGCAACAGCAGCAGCAGCUGCAGCUCCUCCGCAGCAGCAGCGAUGAUACAGCAUCCACAGCAGCAGCAGCAGCAGCUGCUGCUGCUGCAGCAGCAGCAGCAACAGCACGAGAGGAGAAAAUAACAAAUGGUGUUCGGUUCCUCUCUCAUCCAGCAAUAUCUGGUGCUGCUGGUGGUGUAAAGAGAGAAUUUCUGCAGCGCAAAGGAUUUACAAACGAAGAGAUAGAUGAGGCCUUUGCUCGUCUUGCCCUGCAGCAGCAGCAGCAGCAGCAGCAGCAGCAGCAGCAGCAGCAGCAGCAGGUGCAGCAGCAGGUGCAGCAGCAGCAGUUGCAGCUGCAGCAGCAGCUGCAGCUGCAGCAGCAGCAACCGCAGCAAGACACACAGCAAAUUAGCCCUGUGCCGUGGCAGAUCCCUGCUGCUGCUGCUGCUGCUGCUUUGUCGCGGACACGGGGGCUUGCGGUAUCAACUGAAAGGUUGCUGCUGCCUUCUGCUGUCUUUAUUGCUGCUGUUGCAGCAGCAGUGCUUCUCUGGGAGCACUUCCGCUGCCGCAGGAGGAACAGAAGAGCGGCUCUCAGGGAGGCUUCUGCUGCUGCUGCUGCUGCUGCUGCAGCAGCAGCAGGAGAAACGACUCCCGCUGCUGCUGCUCAGCAGCAAGAGCAGCUGCUGCAGCAGCAGCGAGAGCUGACGCUGCAGGUGCAGCAGCAAACAGACGUCUUGCGUUCCCUUUCUCAAGCGCUUCAGUCCUUGCUGCUGCAGCAACCGCAGCAGCAGCAACAGCAGCAACAGCAGCAGCAGCAGCAACAGCAGCAACAGCAGCAGCUGCAGCAGCAAGAAGCGGAGCAGAACUUCUUGCGAGUCCCUGUUGUUCAGCCCCGCCUUGUAGAGGUGGCUGUUGAGGUGCCGCAGGAGCAGCAGCAGCAGCAGCAGCAGCAACAGCAGCAGCAGCAGCAGCAAGACCUGUCUGCUGCUGCUGCUGCCAAAGAAUCAGCAGCAGCAGCAGACUUCGCAGCAGCAGCAGCAGCGGCAGCAGCUGGGGGAGAAGCAGCAGCUCAACGACUGUCAGCCGAAGCAGCAACGGUAGCAGCACUGCAAGCAGCAGCAGAUGCAGCAGCAGCAGCAGCAGCAGCAGCAGCAGAAAAAAGCAACCUGCAGCAAGCAGUAUCGGAGUUUGCUGCUGCAUGCAAUGAACGCCUUGGCGCUGCUGCACGCAAGCCCCUAGGCACUCUCUUAGUAUUCCGGGGAGACAUGGAGACAAUAUCGGACUGCUGCAAGAUGCUAGAAGAAGCAUUUGCUGCUGCUCCUGCUGCUGCUGCUGCCUCUCCCGCUGCUGCAGCAGCAGCAGCAGCAGCAGCAGCAGCAGCAGCAGAGGAAGCAGAAACUAAAAAAGAAUAUGCUGCUGCUCUGGGGGCCCCGAGAGACACCGCCAAUGGCAACAGCAGCAGCAGCAGCAGCAGCAGCAGCAGCAGCCUGUCUGAUCAACCCCAGCCUUGGCAUGCAGCAACAGCAGCAGCAGCAGCAGCAGCAGCAGCAGCAGCGACAGGAGCAGCAGCAGCAACAGCAGCUGCUGCAGAAGAGUCCUCAGCUAUACAAUCGGCAAUUGCUGCAACCGAUCCGGCUGCAGCAGCAGCAGCAGCAGCAGCAGCAGCAAACAACUUGGAAGAACGCAGACUCGAAGCACAUCAACAGCAGCAGCAGCAGCAGCAACAGCAGCAGCAGCAGCACGAAGAGACUGCCGCGCCAAAGGGGACGGCCGUUGCUGAGGAAGAGAGACUGCAUGCUGCAGCAGCAGCAGUAGCAGCAGCAGCAGCAGCAACAGAAGCAGCAGCUGCUUCAAGCGCUGCAGCACCCCACAGCGAAAAGCCAUCAGAGGGGGAUUCCGGAGCAGCAGCAGCAGCAGCAGCAGCAGCUGCUGCUGCUGCUGCAGCAGAAGAGCCUCGAGGAACCCCUGGAGGCAGCAGCAGCAGCAGCAGUGACAACGAUGACGCAGGCAGCAGCAGCAGCGCAGCAGCACCGAGCAGCAGCAACAGCGAUUGCUGCAGCACUAGUUGCAACAACAACAGCAGCAGCAGCAGCAGCAGCAGCAGUAGCAGCAGCAGCAACUGCUACGACAACAGCAGCAAGAGCAGCAGCUGCAGCGGAGUAAGAAGGAGCUCCUGCUGCAGCACACAGAGCCAGGGGGCCCCCGGGGGCCCCCCAACCUCUUCUAGGCGCAGCAGCUUCAAGGCUGACGUUGAGUCUGCUGCUACUAGCAGCAGCAGCACGGCUGGUUCUCCUGCGCUUCUCUCCCCUGUCGCCUCUCAGCAGCAGCAGCAGCAGCAGCAGCAGCAGCAGCAGCAGCAGCAGGAGGACAGGCCCUCAGCAGCAGAUGCAUGCAAACCAGAAGCUGAGCCGCAA